GAAAAAGAUAGACUAACUAAAGUAACUAAUAGAACUAGAUCUACCAAUCAUUGGUCCAACUCCAAUAUGAUAUCAUAAGAACGAUAGAUAUGAUGUGCCGCAUCUAAAUCUGUGCAGCAAAAUGUCAAGUGAGAAAAAAGGAAAGAAAAGAAGCAAGUCCUUCUAUAGAAAAUCUGCAUAUGGAUCAAAGCGUCCUCGUCCUGGGGCUAAUAUUUUACAAAAAGGCAUGAAAGGAUUUCUUGUCAUGUGCAAUAGCAAUGAAAGUAGUGCAGUCAGAGAGUGCUACAAUAUCCUAAAUGAAUAUGCCGAUCAGUUAUAUGGUCCAAGUCAGGUAAUGACAGACAGCAACCAGGUAAACAAUAAUACAAAUCAAGACAGUAAUGAUGAAGAUGAUGAUGAUGAUCUGGAAAAAGCACUAAAAAAAGAAGUUGCAGGAUUAAAAACCGAAACACCAGUACAAAAAAGAUUCCAAAAUGUACUGAGCAAUGCUAAAAAUUGUGUCUUCAUCAGCACAACUGUGGAAGAUCCUAUAAAACUGGUGACAGUUAUAAUGGAAGAUAUAGCCCAGCAUGGUUUGAAGAAAGCUCGUUACGCAGCUCGUAUUUUGCCAAUUGUAGGCACCUGCAAAGCACACACAGAUGACAUUGAAACCACUGCAUUGACUGUGUUACAUCCCAUCUUUUGUGAUUAUCCCCCCACCUCGUACACCGUUUUGUUUAAAUCUAGGAACAACAAUGGGAACACAUGUCCUAAAACACAGGUAAUUCCAGCUGUCACGCGGGCUGUGGAGAAGGUUAAUUCCAGGUUAACUUUUUCAUGGAAUGACUACCAGGUGGCUAUACUGGUAGAAGUUGUGUGCACUGUGUGCUGUAUAGGGGUAGCACCUGAUUAUAUCAGGCUGCGUAAGUACAACCUACAAGAGCUGCAGCAGGGUCCUAAAAUAAUAGAGAAACUUGGUCCUAAAGAAUCAUCUGAGGUACACCCUACAGGAUCUGAAACAAAAGGUUGUCCCACAGAAGCUAAGACACAGGAAUGUCCUACUGAAACUAAGACACAGGAAUGUCCUACAGAAUCUAAGACACAGGAAUGUCCUACAGAAGCUAAGACACAGGGAUGUCCUACAGAAUCUAAGACACAGGAAUGUCCUACAGAAGCUAAGACACAGGGAUGUCCUACAGAAUCUAAGACACAGGAAUGUCCUACAGAAUCUAGGAUACAAAAAUGUCCCACAGAAUCUAAAUCACAAGAAUGCCCUACAGAGUCUAAGACUGAGGAAUGCCCUACAGAGUCUAAGACUGAGGAAUGUCCUACAUUGACUAAGACACUGGAAUGUCCUACAGAAUCCUACUCAAAUGAAAUUCCACUUGAGACAAGUCAGUAAUAAAGAUUGUAAGAUUAGAACUGUAUGUAAUAUGUUGGAAACUACUGACUAUUCCAUUGUUAACUUAGGAAUUAAAAAUAAUGGAAAUAUUGAUAUCAUUCAUUUCUUUCUUGUGUACUAGUUUCCACAUGACAUUUUUGCUUGCUUUUGUUGUGUCACUAUCUAUACUAGAAAAUUGCAAAAAGUUUUCUAGAUUU